AUGUUCGGCAGUCUGCAAGCUUACGAGGUGGGAGAGGUAGUACAACACGGAUUCGCUCAAGCAAUCAAGGUCAAGCUGCGGCUCAACUGGAAGGUGGUUGGUGAAAAAGUGAAAUUCGAUCUGCGGGCGACAGGGCCUGCCAGCAAGGGCUGGUUCAGCGUUGGCUUUUCCACCGACGGCGAGAUGACAGGCGACGCCAUCACAGUCACUUCUAGCACCGCCACGUCAGCAACAAUCCACUCUCUCACGGGCGAGAGCGGCUCCAGCGUGGCGGAGAGCACUGAUUGGACGCCGGCCAACAUGGCGAUUAAGAGGAAAGGCGGGAAGGCUUCUCUCAAGUUUGAGCGGUCUGCAGGCGAUGGAAGCAUUGUGACUUUCAACCCCAAGGGCAAGAACAUUCUAAUGUUUGCGUACAAGAGCACGAGUUUUGAUACUAGCGAGGAGCAUGAUAAGGACGCACACGUGACCGUCAACAUGGCAUGCAACCCCUGCAAGCGCCCCUUGGGUUUUCUCUUCUGCCGGGGCUGA